AUGACAUUGUUUCUCUUCUUCACAAGAACAGCCUACUUUACUGGGCUCUUUGGCACAGAUCACGUCAAGCCUUUCACUUCGAAAAAGGCCAUUUAA